AUGUCGGCGGCCAAGGAGAACCCGUGCAGGAAAUUCCAGGCCAACAUCUUCAACAAGAGCAAGUGUCAGAACUGCUUCAAGCCCCGCGAGUCGCAUCUGCUCAACGACGAGGACCUGACGCAGGCAAAGCCCAUUUACGGCGGCUGGCUGCUCCUGGCUCCAGAUGGGACGGACUUCGAUAACCCAGUGCACCGGUCUCGGAAAUGGCAGCGCCGGUUCUUCAUCCUCUACGAGCACGGCCUCUUGCGCUACGCCCUGGACGAGAUGCCCACAACCCUCCCACAGGGCACCAUCAACAUGAACCAGUGCACGGACGUGGUGGAUGGGGAGGGCCGGACAGGCCAGAAGUUCUCCCUGUGCAUUCUGACCCCUGAGAAGGAGCACUUCAUCCGGGCUGAGACCAAGGAGAUCAUCAGUGGAUGGCUGGAGAUGCUCACAGUCUAUCCCAGGACCAACAAGCAGAACCAGAAGAAGAAGCGGAAGGUGGAGCCCCCCACACCACAGGAGCCAGGGCCGGCCAAGAUGGCUGUCACCAGCAGCAGCAGCAGCAUCCCCAGUGCUGAGAAAGUCCCCACCACCAAGUCCACACUCUGGCAGGAAGAAAUGAGGGCCAAGGACCAGCCAGAUGGGAGCAGCCCGAGUCCAGCUCAGAGUCCCAGCCAGGGCCAGCCUCCUGUGUCAAGCACCCUGAGGGAGCCAGGGCUUGAGGGCAGAGAUGAGGAGAGCACCACAAGUGGUGACCGCGUGGACUGUGGCCGCAAAGUCCGGGUGGAGAGCGGCUACUUCUCCCUGGAGAAGACCAAGCAGGACGUUAAGGCCGAGGAGCAGCAGCUGCCCCCACCGCUCUCCCCGCCCAGCCCGGGUGCCCCCACCAACAGGUACAGCGACUCCAGCCCACCCUCCUGCGAGCCUGGCCAUCCCCUUCCUCCCCCAGGUCCUCAGCCCCCUGCCCGAACCGUCUGCAGCAGCUCCUUGAACUCCUUGGAUGUGGCCAGCCAUCCCCCUGCCCACGUGGACUCCGGCAGUGCUGGGGGGUGGGGAGCAGAGAGACUGGGGCGUGCCUAUGCCUUUAAAGCCAGCAGGCAGUAUGCCACCCUGGCCGACGUCCCUAAGGCCAUCAGGAUCAGCCACCGAGAAGCCUUCCAGGUGGAGAGAAGGCGGCUGGAGCGCAGGACUCGGGCCCGGAGCCCUGGCAGGGAAGAGGUGGCCCGUCUGUUUGGCAACGAGCGGAGGAGGUCCCAGGUAAUAGAGAAGUUUGAGGCCCUGGACACAGAGAAGGCAGAGCACAUGGAGACCAACAUGUCCGCCGGGCCCUCAGCCUCAAGUGACACUCGACAAGGCCGCAGCGAGAAGAGGGCGUUUCCUAGGAAGCGGGACCUCCCCAGCGAAGCUCCUCUCCCAGACGCCUCGGCCUCCCCCCUGUCUCCACACCGAAGAGCCAAGUCACUGGACAGGAGGUCCACGGAGUCCUCCCUGACGCCCGACCUGCUGAAUUUCAAAAAAGGCUGGCUGACCAAGCAGUAUGAGGAUGGCCAGUGGAAGAAGCACUGGUUUGUCCUUGCUGAUCAAAGCCUGAGGUUCUACAGGGACUCUGUGGCUGAGGAGGCAGCCGACUUGGAUGGGGAAAUCGACUUGUCUACGUGCUGUGAUGUCACAGAGUACCCAGUGCAGAGAAACUAUGGCUUCCAGAUUCAUACGAAGGAGGGCGCCUUCACCCUCUCUGCCAUGACAUCUGGAAUCCGGAGGAACUGGAUCCAGACCAUCAUGAAGCAUGUCCACCCGACCUCUGCCCCGGACGUGACGAGCUCACUGCCACAGGUGAAGGCCCGGAGCGGCUCCCCCUCGGAGACAAGGCCACUGGAGAAGCAGGACGGGGAGCUUGGGGAGCCCGACCCUGAGCAGAAGAGGAGCCGGGCGCGUGAGCGCAGGCGUGAGGGCCGCUCCAAGACCUUCGACUGGGCCGAGUUCCGCCCUAUCCAGCAGGCCUUGGCCCAGGAGAGGGCUGGUGGCUCUCGGGCCGAGGUGGAACCCGGGGAGCUGGAGCGGGAGCGCGCACGACGGCGGGAGGAGCGGCGCAAGCGCUUUGGGACGCCGGAUGUGGAGGGGCCCAGUGCAGAGGAUGCGGCCCUGCGCAUGGAGGUCGACCGGGGCCUGGGGCCGCCCACAGCUGCUGAGCUCAGGACCCAGAAUGUGCAUGUGGAGAUCGAGCAGCGCUGGCAUCAGGUGGAAACCACUCCCCUCCGGGAGGAGAAGCAAGUGCCCAUCGCCCCCCUGCACCUGUCCUCUGAGGAUGGCAGCGACCGACUCUCCACACCCGAGCUGACCUCUCUGCUGGAGAAGGAGUUGGAGCAGAGCCAGAAGGAGGCCUCAGACCUUCUGGAACAGAACCGACUGCUGCAGGACCAGCUGAGGGUGGCUCUGGGCCGGGAGCAGAGCGCCCGGGAGGGCUACGUGUUGCAGACCGAAGUGGCUACCUCCCCGUCUGGCACCUGGCAGAGGCUCCACAGAGUCAACCAGGAUCUGCACGGCGAGCUGGAGGCCCAGUGCCAGCGCCAGGAGCUCAUCACACGGCAGAUUCAGGCCCUGAAGCGCAGCUACGGGGAGGCCAAGGAUGCGAUCUGGCACCACGAGGCCGAGAUCCGGAGCCUCCAGGCGCGGCUGGGCAACACCGCCGCCGAGCUUGCCAUCAAGGAGCAGGCUCUGGCCAAGCUCCAGGGCGAGCUGAGGCUGGAGAAGGACAAGGUGCGUGAGCAGCUGGAGGAGCGGCAGCACAGUGAGGCCGCUCUCAAUGCCCAGCUGCGCGCCAGCGAGCGGAAGCUGCAGAGCGCAGAGGCCCUGCUGCUGGGCAGGACGCAGGAGCUGCGGGACCUGGAGCGGCAGCAGGCGCUGCAGCGGGACCGGCACAAGGAGGUACAGCAGUUGCAAGAGCGCAUUGCCGACCUCAGCCAGCAGCUGGGCGCCAGUGAGCGGGCCCAGAGGCUGAUGGAGGAGAAACUGCAGAGGAACUACGAGCUGCUGCUGGGGAGCUGCGAGCGGGAGAAGCAGGAGCUGCUGCGGAGCCUGGCAGAGGCAGAGGACAGGGCCCGCGCCUUCGAGGGGCGGCUGCAGGAGCACGAGCACCGGGUGGAGGCGCUGCAGGAAGAGAAGCUGAGCACCGGGUCCGAGGGCAGCGAGGCAGUGCAACGGCUGGAACAGCAGCUGGAGAUGAAGGAGGCCAGCAUCCAGAAGCUGGCCGAGCAUGUGCAGAGCCUGCGGGAUGAGCGCGAUCUGACGCAGCAGCGCUUCCAAGAGCUGCUGGGCCGUGUCACCCUGUCCGAUGGGGAUGUGGCUGCACUGCAGGAGAAGCUGAGGGGGAGGGAGGCUGACUACCAGAGCCUAGAGCACUCCUUCAGGAGGGUGGCCGGCCAGCUCCAGGGCGCACACACGCGGCUCCAGGAAAAGGAGGAGGAGCUGCGGCGCCUGCAGGACGCGCACGAGAAGGUGCUAGAGAGGGAGGGGCAGGGCCUGCAGCAGGCUCUGCUGGGGACGUCUGCCCUGGGGAGCAGCCUAGAUGAGGCAGACGGGAAGCUCCAGGCAGAGGGAGAGAUCGAACAGCGACUGGCCACAGAGCCUCUGGAGGAUGCUGAGGACAGCCUUGCUCAUGUGGGCUUGCAAUGCCAGACUGCCGGCAUGCCUCCAGGCCUGCCCUGCUCGGGGCUGGAGGAUGUGGCCCCAGGGGAGGAGCUGGGAGACAGCAGCCCCAGCAGAGAAGAGAGUAUGGUUCUCCUGAGGUCGGAAGUGUCCUCAAAACCUGACCAGGGAGUACCUGGCGUUAAGAGGCAAAGAAUCCGAUUCUCCACAAUCCAGUGUCAGAAGUAUACCCACCCUGACGGGUGUGAGAAGACCGGGGCCAGCAGCGUGUCCUCGGACACCAGUCAGGAGCGCUCACCCUCGGAGGAAAGUAUGUCAUCAGAGGCUACCCCCAGCUCACUUCCCAUGCCUAGCGACCCAGACGCUUACCUGUCCAUCAUCCACUCCCUGGAGACCAAGCUCUAUGUCACCGAGGAGAAGCUCAAAGGUGUGACGGCGAGGCUGGAGAGCCAGCAGGGCCAGAGCCAAGAGGCCCUGCUUGCGUUGCACCAGCAGUGGGCCGGCACCGAGGCGCGGCUCUGCGAGCAGCUCCGAGCCAGCCUGCUCCAGGUCACCGCGCUGGCCGCCCAGCUGGAGCAGGAGAAACAGGCCAGGGCGGAGGCGGUCGAGAGCCAUGUUGGGGAGCUCAACGACUUCCAGGUGAAAAACAGCCAGGCUCUGGCUUGCCUGGAGAGCUGCCGAGAACAGCUGCGGUCCCUGCCAGGGGACGCAGGAGCAGGGCCCUUGGCUGGUCUGGAGAGCCUGCUCGUGGGUGCUGUCCAGGCCCUGCGUCCCCGGCCAGCUUCCACGGGCGAAGCAGUCUUCUCUGAGGAGGAGAAGGCGCCAUCCCAGCAGCUGCCACACAUGCUGACGUUGAGCGAGCAGGAGCAGCUGCAGCUCCUCUCUGAGCAGAUCGCUCUGGAAGCCGCCCUCAUAGACCAGAUUGCAGACUCGCUACGGAACACGACGUUGGACGUGUCGCAGGUCUUCCUGGAGAUGGCUCAGUCAGGACGGUGGCCGCUGGAGUCUGAAAGUGCUGUGGUCUGUCCAGAGGCCCCAGCAGAUGCCUGGGCCAAGAAGGUGCUGGUGGAUGGAGAGUUCUGGAGCCAGGUCGAGUCCCUGAGCCGGCACCUGGAGAUGCUGGGCGGAGAGGCAGCCAGCACCUCAGGAAGCAGGCAGUCGUGUGCCCAGCCAGCCCUGGCCCCUGCCCUGGCGGACGCCACGUGGGUCAGGGCCGAGCUCAGUCUCGCCGCAUGCUCGAUGAGGGAGUCCCUCCACCGCAGGCUCCAGAGCAUCCAGGAGACCCUCCAAGGGACACAGGUGGCCCUGCAGCAGCACAAGUGCAUGCUGCAGGAGGUCCUGGGGGCCUAUCGGACCCCUGCCUUUGAGAGGGUGAUGCAGCAGGUCUCGGAAGCCCUGCAGCUUCCGCUGGGCACCAGAGACGGUGACCAGGUGUCCUGGGCCAGGCGCCCGCUGGUAGAAGCACCAAGUCAUCAGGACCCAGCCGGCUCCCUGGCUUGUCCCUUGUCCAGCCAGAGUUCUGGGGUCUUAGCUGCUAUUCAGGAGGAGCUCGCCCUGCAGCUUAAAGAUAAGGCCAGUCUCCUGGGGGAGAUUUCUGCCUCCCUAACCUCGCUUCCCUCUGUGGAGGCACUCGGGGACUGUCGGAAGCUCCUCCAGGCGUCCCAGCAUCUCUCGCGCCGUGCUUGUCUGGGAGGCCUCGGCCAGUAUUCUUCUUUAUUAGUUCAGGAUGCGAUUCUUCAGGCUCAGGUGUGUUAUGCAGCCUGCAGGAUCCGGCUCGAGUAUGAGAAUGAGCUCCGGGGCUACAAGGAGUCCUGGCUGGGCCAGGGGGCCCCCUACCAGGGGCAUGAGCAGGCCUUGGGGGCCCUGCAGGGGGAGUCCGAGGAGCUUCUCCGCAAGCGGAAGGGCGAGUACUUGGACAUGCUCACCUUCGCCCAAAAGGAGAACGUGGAGCACCAGACAAAGGUCGCCCAGCUGGACCAGCAGCAGAGGCGUCUGGAGUUGGCGCAUGGCGAGCGCCUGGCUGCCCCACCAGAGCGGUUCAAGGAGGAGAUCCACGUGGAGGGCGUGCUGCAGGCUGCAUGUGGCGGGGCCCAGGGCCAGCCUGACGCCGGGGCCAGGGCCGAGCAGGACCUGGGGGGGCGGCCUGUGGAGCAGGUGCAGGCCCUGGAGGCCAGGUUCCAGCUCAAGGUCAGAGAGCUCCAGACCAUCCAUGAAGAGGAGCUGCGGGCCCUGCAGGAGCACUACUCGCAGACCCUGCGGUGCCUGCAGGAAACUCUGGGCCACUACCAGGGCCAGCCCCUCUCCGGCUCACCAGCUGAGGGCGAGGCCGAGUCCGUGGCGGGGCUGAGGGAGCGCAUCCAGGAGCUAGAGGCACAAGUGGACAUCCUGCGGGAGGAGCUGGAGCACAAGGACCCGUUGGACGGCGUGGCCUCGCUGCAGGAGGAGCGCCAGAGGGACUUGGAGAGCCUCAAGGCCACGUGCGAGCGGGGGUUUGCAGCCAUGGAAGAGACACACCAGAAGAAGAUUGAGGACUUGCAGAGGCAGCACCAGCGGGAGCUGGAGAAACUGCGGGAGGAAAAAGACCGCCUCCUGGCUGAGGAGACUGCGGCCACCAUCUCAGCCAUUGAAGCCAUGAAGAACGCCCACCGAGAGGAGAUGGAGCGGGAGCUAGAGAAGAGCCAGCGGUCCCAGAUCAGCAGCGUCAAUGCAGAUGUCGAGGCUCUGCGGCGACAGUACCUGGAGGAGCUGCAGUCUGUGCAACGUGAACUGGAGGUCCUCUCAGAGCAGUACUCGCAGAAGUGCCUGGAGAAUGCCCACCUGGCCCAGGCUCUGGAGGCCGAGCGGCAGGCCCUGCGGCAGUGCCAGCGUGAGAACCAGGAGCUCAACGCCCACAACCAGGAGCUGAACAACCGCCUGGCUGCAGAAAUCUCACGGCUACGGACACUGCUGACUGGGGACGCCGGUGGCGAGGCCGCUGGUUCGCCCCUCACACAGGGCAAGGACGCCUACGAGUUAGAGGUCUUGUUGAGGGUCAAGGAAUCAGAAAUUCAGUACCUGAAACAGGAGAUCAGUUCCCUCAAGGAUGAGUUACAGACGGCAUUGCGGGACAAGAAGUACGCCAGUGACAAGUACAAAGAUAUCUACACAGAACUCAGCAUUGUGAGGGCAAAGGCCGACUGUGACGUCAGCAGGUUGAAGGAGCAGCUGAAAGCCGCCACAGAAGCGCUGGGUGAGAAGUCCCCAGAGAACCCGCCUGUGUCCGGAUACGACAUCAUGAAGUCCAAAAGCAAUCCUGAUUUCCUGAAGACAGACAGGUCCUGUGUCGGCCGGCAGCUCAGAGGCCUCAGGUCCAAGAGUCUGAAGGAAGGCCUGACGGUGCAAGAUCGCCUGAAGCUCUUUGAGUCCCGGGACCUGGAGCGCGACUAG